UAGAGUAUUCGCGGGGAUCCCCACCGCCUUGCUGAGAGAAGUUACUCGAACCUGACGUCCCGGAGCUGGAAGUUUAAGCUUCAUUCCUCUCUGCUUUCUAACUUCUUCUCGAUCAGUAAGUGGUAUCUUGGAUCCUAUCUUCUUUUUUUUCUUGUUCUGGGACUGAGAAUUGGCCUUCUUCAUCCCUAUCAGGUCACACAGAAGAUAACCUUCUAACCAGAACCCCUCCAUACCCCGCGCCUUCUCCCCCCAGGAGCAUCCUACGGAAGAAAUACUCAUUACCUCGCAAGACCAACCCCCUCUUAAGAGAAUUUUCACCAAAUAAACCCCAUACCCAAACACUCAUCCCACCAUGUCCGACCCCGAACAAGACCCCACGCCCGUCGACAUCGCCCAACGCGAACAAGAAGAAAAGGAGCGCAAAGCCAAAGAAGACGCCGAACAAGCCCAACUGCCAUAUAAAUGGAAGCAGACCAUCAGCGAAGCAGAAGUGACGGUUCCAGUUCCGGGAAAUCUGAAGGGUCGUGAUCUAGAUGUUAAGAUUACGAAGACGAGUAUCAAGGUUGGGGUUAAGGGACAAGAGCCGAUUUUGGAGGGCGACUUCCCCCAUCCAAUUCACGCCGAUGAAUCAACCUGGACUCUCGAGACAACUUCCCAACCGCCAGGAAAAGAAAUCUCUAUCCACCUGGACAAAGUCAACAAGAUGGAAUGGUGGGCACACAUCGUAACGAGCGCGCCUAAGAUCGACGUGUCGAAAAUCCAGCCUGAGAACUCGAGUCUGAGCGAUCUCGAUGGCCAGACGAGAGCGAUGGUCGAGAAGAUGAUGUAUGAUCAGCGCCAGAAGGAGAUGGGCGGGUUGACUAGUGAUGAGCAGAGGAAGAGGGAUAUUCUGAAGAAGUUCCAGGCGGAACAUCCUGAGAUGGAUUUCUCGAACGCUCAGAUCGGUUAAAGUUACGAGACUACGAAGAAGUGUUACGUUCUGUUGAUUUGAUAAAGCAUAGCAUAGCGAAUUCUGCUGUCUCUCUAAUGGAAGCAGUAUAUGGAAAAAAUGAAUUCAUACCAUUCGGAAAUUGGAGGCAUAAACAUCCGUGCUUC